AUGGUGCAGGACAGAGUGGCCAACAGCCUACAGAGCAACAUGCCCAAGUUUUAUUGUGACUACUGCAGUACGUACCUCACCUGUGACUCUCCAUCUGUGAAAAAGACAUACUGCAGUGGUAGGAAACACAAAGAGAAUGUGAAAGACUACUAUCAGAAAUGGAUGGGAGAGCAGGCUCAGAGCCUGAUUGACAAAUGGAUGCAUUUCAACAAAGAAAAAGUUACCUCCUACUCCAUUCUCUGCUCCUCCUCCUGGAGGAGCAAUGAUCCCACCUCCCCCAAGUCUCCCGGGUCCUCUUUACCUUGGUAUGAUGCCAGCACCCCAUAUGGGGGCCCUCCCAUGAGGCAAAUUAUGGGCCCUCUGCCUGGGGUGAUGCCAAUGGGACCUUCUCCUGGAAUGAGGCCACACAUGGGAGGCCACAUGCCAAUGAUGCCUGGUCCCCCAAUGACAAGACCUCUCACCUGUCCCAUGAUAGUGCCCACUUGGCCAGGAAUUACACAACUGGACAGAUAA